UAAUUGUGUAUUUUUAGUGAUUUAUACAUACAUAUAUAAAACAAUGAGCUUUCGGGGUAGAGGAGGUUUUAGAGGCGGUGGUCGUGGAGGUCGUGGUGGUGGCCGAGGUGGUGGCAGAGGAGGAUACAGACAAAUGGAUUAUGGACCACCUGACAGAGUUAUUGAAAUUGGCCAUCUUCUUCAUCCUUGUGAAAGCGACCUUGUUUUAAAGUGCACAAAUGAGAGUGUACCGUAUUUCAAUGCACCAAUAUACUUAGAGAAUAAACAACAAAUUGGAAAAGUGGAUGAAAUAUUUGGACCUAUAACAGAAUUCUUCUUUUCUGUGAAACUCUCAGAAGGUAUGACGGCAACGUCUUUUAAGAAACUCCAAAAAUUAUUCAUUGAUCCAAAUAAGCUGCUACCACUCUCCAGAUUCACAGGCCCAGGAGCUGGUCGUGGAGGCGGACGCGGGCGUGGUGGUGGAAGAGGAGGCAGAGGUGGUGGUAGAGGCGGAGGUCGUGGAACACCAAGAGGACGAGGAGGACGUGGCGGUGGAGGUUUUAGAGGUGGCGGUGGUUUUAGAGGUGGCCGUGGGGGAGGUUUCAGAGGCCGGGGCAGAUGAUAAAGUCGGAUGAAGUUUAUUUUGUUGGUUUUAUUGCGGUGACUUCGAAUAGGAUCAUACAAAAUGAAUUCAGCGAAACAUUUUCGGCUUCCGGAUUUUUCGCGUUUUGUACAUGGACAUUGGCAGAACAUAUUUUAUUGCUAUUUUUAACAUUUUGUGAAUUUUUUAACUUUGUUAUUAAUCCAUUCUAUAAAUUUUUAGCUUCAGGUGUGACAGUGCAAAGAAAUAAGGAAACAAGUAUUUUAAAAUCAAAUGUUAAAAAGGAGGAAAAAGGUUUAAAAUAUGAAAUAGCGUUGUUAAUGUGUCAUUAGAUCUAAACUAAGUGAAUUAGUGCCCCCGUCUUAUAUCAACUUUUUAUAACCCCCGUCGUGUGUGUUUUUAACGAGACAAAAGUUUACAAGUUUACACGAAACGAUUCAAACGUAUUAUUUUCUUUAAUAAUCCUGUACAAAUAAAAAGUUUAAAAGGAUUUUGAAAAUAUAUUUGUCAAUAGU